AUGUUUACCCUGGCUGAAGAGCGUUCUCCCUUGAGGCUAAGCACGGUUCUCGUGACCGGUGGCAGCGGUGGUCUUGCCAGCCAGAUCCUCCAGCUCUUCUCGCAGCGUGGCUGCAAAAGCCUACACUCAAUUGAUCUCCGACCGCCUUCUCAUCGUCUGAAUGGCGUUACAUAUCAUCUAGGAGACCUUACGGACGUCGACGCGAUGCGACAGAUCGUCCAUGAAGCGAAACCCGACGUGGUAAUUCACACCGCCAGUCCCAAAUUCGACACACCAGAUCAUAUCAUGUACAAAGUCAACGUCGAGGGCACUAAGAACCUGGUCCAGAUCGCAAAAGAAUCUGGAACACAGUCCUUCGUGUACACAAGCUCUGCGAGCGUCAUCAGCGACGCCAAGACCGAUCUGAAGAAUGCCGAUGAGACCUUCCCCGUCAUCCUCGGCGACCAGCAACCAGAAUUCUACGUGCAUACCAAAGCUCUCGCCGAGACAUAUGUACUUUCCCAGAAUCGUCGAUCGGGAGACGCCUCGCCCCAUUUCCUGACCUGCGCGAUCCGGCCUUCUGGCAUCUUUGGUGUCGGCGACCUGGUCGUGCUCCCUGGUGUUCUGGACGCUUGUUUCCGAGGCCAGACGAAGGUGCAGAUUGGCGAUAACAAAAACUUGUUCGACUUUACCGAGAACACGAACGUGGCAUACAGUCACUACCUUGCUGCCGCCGCGCUGGUCGGAUGCCCAAAAGAGCCGCCUGGGGACGACGUUAAGGUGGAUGGGGUUUUUCAUCACCAAUGA